AUGAGCGAAACCUGGCUUAAAGAAAAUUCCGCGCUAUUAGAUUAUGUCGCGCUUUCUGGAUAUACCGCUAUUUUCAACAGUCGUGACACGAUUCGCGGCGGCGGAGUGGGUGCAUAUAUUAGUAAUUCUAUCAAUUUCAAGCGCAGGAAAGAUAUCGAAAAUCUAGAAACUGACUUUGAACAUUUGGGGUUCGAAUUCCCGGGGAGGAACAAAUAUAGUAAGGCCCUAAUUGGGGUGAUUUAUAGAUCUGAACGUAUGCUGAGUUGUAAUGAUUGGCUCGACCGCUUCGAGAGUUUAUUGGGUCAAGUGUCACUUGACUGGGAUGGUUUAUUGUAUCUUACUGGCGAUGUAAACAUCGACACGCUAAAUUCAUCUCAAGGCCUUUGA